AUGGCUGUAGAAAAUUGUAAUUCUUUCAUUCGACUUGCACUAAAACUGAUUUCAUCUGAUGAUUUUUAUGGAACAAUAUCCCCAUUUAGAGAAUCAUCAAUUCCAAAAUUAAAACUAUUUGAUGUAGAUGAUAGCCCUAGAUCUCAUUCUGAAAAAAAACCGUUUCCUAUUUAGUAAAAAAUUAUAAAGCAAAAAUACCAUGAAAUAAGUAUCAAAUGUAAAUGCAUGAAAUCAAAAUGUUAAAAAUCUUAUUGUGAAUGUUUUGCUGCAGGAAAGACUUGUAAUAUAGAGUGUAAUUGUUUAGGGUGUAAUAAUUCGAAUUGCCCUCAAUAAAUAAAGAAAAUCUAAAAUGGAGGAUGUAAUUGUAAAAAAACUGGAUGUAUUAAAAAAUAUUGUGAAUGUUACUUAAAAAAAUAAAGAUGUACGUUCUUGUGUAAUUGCAUUGAUUGUUGUAAUUAAGAAGAUUCAGAGUCAGAAAAAGAAAAUGAAUAAAAUCAUUUUAUAGGGAUACUUAGUUCUAAUUUUUUGAUGAACAGUUAAAUAACUGAAUAAUUAAAUAAAUGA